GAAAGUACGCGAAGUGUUCCGAGUGAUAAAAACUGUCAACAAAAACUCUUGUUAAUAAAAGUACGUUUACUAAGUUCCAAGCGUCUGGCUGACGAAUUGAAUAUUGACAUAGUCAAGAUGACACUCAAUGUGUGACAUAUCAAGCUUAUUUCCCCAUGAACCAAUUAUGAUUCAUUCAUCAAUUUGUCAUUAAUCGGUCCAGCCCAAUGUGACCUGCUGACCUACCUUUAGGAAAGGUAAAGACAAUGGAAAGGACAGGGGAGCAAAAAGCUGGUGAAAGAGUUCCGAGGCUUGCAGAACAUUUAAAUGAAACCCUUAGUCCAUUUGAACCUACGAUCAUGAAGGUUCAGAGUUUACUUGUUUGGGAAAAGCCAGUAAAAAGUGCAAUUAUGAUUGCCAUUGUUCAUGGAAUAUUUUGGUUUUUCCUAUAUGGCGGUUGUCGGUUCUUCUCAACUCUGAGCACAGUUAUCAUGGUGCUGUACUUUCUUAGAACAUGGAAGAAGAAAAUAUGGCCAGAAAUAAGACUUCCACCGAAGAUCCCUGACAUGGAUGAAUGGACACCAGUCCACCCGCGGCUGUUGAGUGUUCCGGAGCUGUCCCAGUAUGUGGCCAGCCAAAUCUAUUACCUGGAGAACUGUGCAAGAUGGUGGACCACUCUUCGCAAAGAGAGACCAUUGAAGUUCUGUAUAGAGACCUGUUUUAUAUGUGGCUGUCUGGCAAUGCUGGGUCACUACAUCUCUGGAGGAAUGCUUUCAUAUAUCAUCAUUAUGAGUGGGAUUCUAUGGCCAUGCCUACAGUACCAUAACCUUCUGAAGAAAUUCUACAUGAAGUUUGAGCCAUACUUUAUGAGGCUGGAUUACUCUAUGAAGGUUAAAAGCAAGUGGAGAUUUGAGGGAGACAAAGCCCCAAUUUUGAUCAAUGAGAACACCGAUGACGAGGGUCACCUGGCCACAUCCCAAUGUGCUGACAAUGAGAGUGAUUUGGAAGAUUUCUAUCCAACGGACCCUGCCCUUUCGGCAGCCCUUGCCCGGGCGAUAACAGACAGUGAAGAUGAAGGAGGGACUCCCAAUAUGCCUCUCACACCCAGAAUGUCUAAGGAACCCUCAGUUGCCAAUAGUGAUGAAGAAAACAAUGUCACAGAUGACACUGUGAAUGACUUUACCCCCAGUAUUGACAUCAUGCCUUCCUUUGAGGAUUCACUCGACCACACUGACGACGAGUUACUGGGCAUUCCUGAUGAAAGGAAGCCACCACGGAUCAGUCGAGAAAGUUCUGCAGACAGUAUGAGAUUUAUUCCUUCACACUUUGAAGAUUCAGACAUUGAUGAAGGUGACCAGAUGGUGCCGGGACGUGUUGAAAUUGAUACAGACGCUGCUGCACGUGAAAUUGUAUCUCAAGCCUUUGCUUCAGUGAUGGGCUCGGCAAUUAAGAGUUCUUUUCUUGGACAACUUCAGAAUCUUCAGAAUCUUGCCUCUGGUGAUACGGAUCAGAAUACUGGUAAACGUCAAGCUUCUAGGGAGACUGAAGAGAGAUUUGCAAGCACCUAUAGUGAUUCAGAGGAUGAAACUUUGGCAUUAAGCGAUCAUGCUCGAAGAGACGUUCAUAAGGAAAAGAAGGAUGCACAUGAUGAUACAGCAAGUUUGGACAUUGAAGAAGAAUUUGACUUCCUUGAUGAAUAUGAACUAGGAAGCAGCGUAGAGAAAUGAUUCUGGUUAAACUAUAUGUUUUAGAACUGCAUUUGUAGUCAAGAAGAAGGAUAAAAUAACAAGGUUUCUUUUCUGAACAACGGUAUGUAUGUGUGUGAAUUGCACAGACAUUGUUGUGGUCAUACAAUUUACUUUGAUGCAGAAAGUAACCAUUUUUGGUUGUUUAAUUAUUGAGGUUUGGUAUAAGCUUUUGAAAAGUAACCCCAAUUUUAUAGUUAUGUUUGUAAGAAAAGAUAAAAAAUUUAAAAAUUC